UAUGUAGUGUAGCCGUGAGCGCAUCGCGUUAAACGAGACGAGAUCGGCAUCUGUCUGCCAAACGGCCUGGGAAAGCCUCGACUAAGCAUAUAUAAGUAGAAGCAGCAGCAGCCUGUGACCCGCUGAAUCAGGACUGAGAACUUUAUAAAUAUUGUUCGAAUGAAUGAAGACCGCUAGCCUGGCUGAUAACUGCCGUCUUUGAACAUACACACUCAGGUUUACCUGGUAUACCAGCUCACUCCUAGAAUACGGCUGGAUCUGGCAACGCUUGUUCAACUCGCAAGGAGAGAGAGAGAACGCGGUCGUCCACCGCUGUGAUUAGUCGCCAUGGGAAAGCCAUUCUUCGGCCUUCGAGGGCAAGCCCUCAAUUAUGCUGUCGGUUUUGUCGCUGGCUGCGACUUUCUGCUCUUCGGUUACGACCAGGGUGUCAUGGGUGGCAUCUUGACAAUGCCUCAAUUUCUUAGCAUCUUUCCCUCCAUCGACCCCGACGACCCGGCCAUUGCGGAUAACCCAGCGCUUAAGUCGAACCGAGCUCAGACACAAGGUAUUGCCGUCGCGAGCUACAACCUAGGCUGCUUUCUCGGCGCCGUCAUUAGUAUUUUUAUCUCGGAUAAACUUGGUCGCAAGCGCAUGAUCAUUCUCGGCACCGCUAUCAUGAUAGUUGGUGCUGCUCUUCAGGCGUCGGCGACCACAUUGCCACAUCUUAUCGUCGGCCGAAUCAUCACCGGUCUUGGAAACGGCGGAAAUACAUCCACAGUGCCCACUUGGCAAUCUGAGACUUCGCGAUCACAUAAAAGAGGCAAGCUGGUCAUGAUUGAAGGUGCCCUGAUUACAGGUGGAAUUACACUCUCAUAUUGGAUUGACCUCGGCUUCAGCUUUGCGCCGGGCACCGUCGCAUGGCGGUUUCCUCUGGCCUUCCAAAUUGUUUUCUGCGUAUUCAUUCUGGCCUUCAUCUGGAAUCUCCCCGAGUCGCCGCGAUGGCUAAUCCUAAAGAACCGGGAGCCGGAGGCGCGUGAAGUUCUGGCUGCGCUGGCUGAUAGCACCCCUGACGAUCCCAUGGUCCAGAAUGAGUUUUUGGCUAUCAAGGAGACAGUCCUGGAAAUGUCCAAGGGCAAAUUCUCCGAUCUAUUCAAGAUGACGAAAGACAGGGAAUUCCACAGAACCUUGCUCGCUUAUGUCAACCAGGUGUUCCAGCAGAUCUCUGGCAUCAACCUUAUCACAUAUUAUGCGGCUGUCAUCUACUCCGGAUUGAACCUCAGCGGGUUUCUUUCCCGACUGCUCGCAGCUCUUAACGGCACGGAAUACUUCAUCGCCUCCUGGCCAGCAGUGUAUCUCGUCGAUCGCGUCGGUCGACGCAAGCUCAUGUUGUUCGGUGCUGCCGGCCAAGCCGCGACCAUGGCUGCCCUUGCAGGCUCCGCGUCGCUGACUGGAGGAGACAACCCGCCCAAAGGACCGUCGAUCGCUGUUAUUGCCUUGCUGUUCAUCUUCAACACGUUUUUCGCCGUCGGCUGGCUUGGAAUGACCUGGCUCUAUCCCGCUGAGAUCGUGCCUCUGAAGAUUCGGGCACCUGCAAACGCCUUAUCCACUUCUGCCAAUUGGAUUUUUAAUUUUAUUGUCGUUAUCAUUACCCCCAUUGCAUUCAACAACAUUGGUUACCAGACAUAUAUCAUCUUCGCUGUUAUAAAUGCCUUCAUGGUCCCUUCCGUUUACUUCUUUUACCCCGAGACGGCGUACCGAUCUCUGGAGGAAAUGGAUACCAUCUUUCACAAGGUUGAUGGCGUCAAGGGCUACCUCGACGUGGUGCGCGUAGCAAGGGAGGAGCCGCGGCGUUACGGAAAGAAUGGCGAGCUGCUCAUCGCCUACGAUCAGACCGACGAACACAAGUCUCAUAUGCCUCACUCAGAGCACCACUCCAACAGCGAUGCCGAAAAGGCCACCAGCGCUAUGGUGCCAUAGAGCAUAUAGAGAUAUAAUCUAGUUCUAUCGAUUCUUUUGGAGCGUAUGGUUACAGCCAUCUGAGGAUGGCGCUGAUGUACAUAUCCAAUUCUCAGACCCUUAGGGUUUCCUGGUAGCAGGUCUAGGUCAAAUCAUUACAAAACAAAACGCC